AUGGACCGUGUGGACGGGGUGGAGAAGGCUCUCCACCGGUCGAAGGCGGAGUCGUCAUCGCAGGCCGCGCGUCCAGCAGCUCCAGUCGCUCCCCUCGCUGCGCUCCUGCCGCACAACCCCGUGGGGUCUCUUGUGCAUCCCGGUAGUCCGCUGCCUGCGGGGACUGGUUUCGUGGGAGCGGGUGGCGGGGAUCCGUGGGCCCCGUACGUUCCUCCCCGUCUUGUUCCUCCUCCACGCGAUUUUGCGGUGUCGGCGCGUCGGGCUCGCCGGUAUGCAGUGCCGCCGGCGAAGAAAGAAGUGUCCACGGCGACCCUGGCGCACUUGUGGGCGAUCGCGGAGUGCCUGCAGAGUCUUGAGGUGGUACUUGUGGAGUCUCACGGCUCCAUGUCGUUGACCCCACCGAGCAUGUUCUCUCAGAUGCCGCGAGCAAGGUGUCACGCGGCAGCGUCAACGCUAUUCGCGUAUGUGUCGCCACUGCAGGUUGCGCCCUCGCCGGGAGUAGUCUCGGCCACCCUGCUGGCUGAGAGGGCCCUGGAUCUGAAGACGCUUGUAGGAGAUCGCGGAACUCCUGUUGACGUUGUCGGCGCCACCGCGUCAGUGGUCCGCUUGUUGUGGAUGACCACCCGCGAAAUGCUAGGUGAGCUUGAGGCGGACCGCAUGUAG